GAAAGCCUUGAGUCCCUCAACAGAGUCAACACAUUCACAGAGUGGAAGAGAGAGACAGAAAAAGAGGCCGCAAAAGAGAUGCAUCGGAAAAGAAAGUGUGAUCCAGUGAGAUCUGGGCAAGGAAAGAAAGAGAGGAAGUGGACACUCCUGGCAUGAGUUAACACACAUGAGUGGAGAGCAGUUUCUUGUGCCUCUCAAAAUAUCAUGGAGUUUGCUGAGCUGAUCAAAACCCCUCGUGCGGAUGGGGUGGUCCUCCACCGACCCUUCAUGCCCACUGUGGAGGGAACUCUGUGUCUGACGGGACAUCACCUCAUUUUGUCCUCUCGCCAGGAUAACACUGAGGAGCUCUGGCUGCUUCAUACCAACAUUGACUCUAUUGAGAAAAGGUUUGUUGGAUCCUUGGGAACUAUUAUUGUAAAGUGUAAAGACCUGCGGGUGAUUCAGCUGGACAUACCUGGCAUGGAGGAGUGUCUUAAUAUUGCCAGCUCAAUUGAGGCUCUGUCCACACUGGACUCUGUGUCCCUGAUGUAUCCCUUCUUCUACCGUCCUCUGUUUGAGGUCAUUGAGGAUGGAUGGCAGUUGUUCAUACCAGAGGAGGCUUUCAAAGAUCUGGAGUCUAUGACAGAUGAAUGGAGACUGAGUGAGGUCAAUAAAGACUUCAGCGUGUGCCCCUCGUACCCGUCCCUACUGACCGUGCCCAAAGACAUCGAUGAUGAAAGUCUCUGCAAAGCUGCUUCCUUCCGCCACGGUGGCCGUUUCCCUAUGCUCAGUUACUACCACAAGAAAAACGGCAUGGUGAUGAUGCGAUCAGCCCAGCCCCUAACAGGAACCAAUGGGCGCCGCUGCAAAGAAGACGAGAAACUGAUCAAUGCCACGCUUUGCGCAGGGAAGCGUGGUUACAUCAUCGACACACGGACUAUAGCGGUAGCGCAGCAGGCUAAAGCUCGCGGAGGAGGAUUUGAACAGGAAGCCAACUACCCGCAGUGGAGGAGGAUCCAUAAAGCCAUUGAGAGGUCUAAUGUUCUGCAGGAGAGUCUGAUAAAGCUGGUGGAGGCAUGCAAUGAUCAGUCUCACAGCAUGGACCGCUGGCUCAGUAAACUUGAAGCCUCCAACUGGCAGAGUCAUGUUAAGGAAAUCCUCACCACGGCCUGCCUGGCUGCACAGUGCAUUGACAGGGAAGGGGCGUCAGUUCUGGUUCAUGGCACGGAGGGCACUGAUUCAACACUGCAGGUGACGUCUCUCGCCCAGAUCAUCCUCGAUCCGGCAUGCAGAACCAUCCGUGGCUUUGAGGCGCUGAUCGAGCGAGAGUGGUUACAGGCCGGUCACCCAUUCCAGCAGCGCUGUGCGCAGUCUGCAUUCUCAAACGGGAAGCCUCGAAGUGAAGCGCCCGUGUUCCUGCUCUUCCUGGACUGUGUGUGGCAGAUCCUGCGCCAGUUCCCCUGCUCCUUCCAGUUCAAUGAGAAUUUCCUGAUCAUGCUCUUUGAGCACACCUAUGCCUCACAGUUUGGCACUUUCCUUGGAAACAGAGUGGCCGAAAGGGUGAAGCUGCAGCUGUCUCAGAAAACCGUGUCUCUGUGGUCAUGGGUGAACCGUCCUCAGGAGCUGGAGCGAUUUCUCAACCCGCUGUACGAGCCCAAUAACCUGGUCAUCUGGCCGUCUGUGGCACCUCAGAGCUUGCUGCUGUGGGAGGGGAUAUUCCUUCGCUGGAAUCGCUCCACAAAGUGUUUGGAUGAGGCCUAUCAGGAGAUGGUCCAUAUUAUAGAGUACAACAAGGAGCUGCAGAACAAAGUGAACAGUCUGCGGAGACAGCUGGCCCAGCUGGAGACAGAGGACAGCCCGCUGCAGACACCGUAGGACAUCAACAGAAUGAAAUGAGUCCUACGCACAUGUAUCUACACUCCUCCCUCUGACCGUACUCUUUCCUUAUGAUUCCACUGCUAAACUUUAUUCACAUUAACAUAUUUCACUGGUCUCCAAUGGAUCCUACUCUAUGGCCAAUAGAUCUGAUGCUCUUAUUAGUAUGUCAUUGUAGUUUUCUUCCUCAAACACUAUGCCGCACUCGUCCUUACUAUUGCUUGUUCAAUGUAAACACUUUGAACUGAUUAGCUGGUUAUUAUGUCAUUUCCCUAGAUAUUGCAAAUUGGGUGCUGUGGUUUACACAUUCUCAAAGAAAAGGGACUGCUGAUGUGCCAUUUUUUAUUUUUAGUCAUUUGUCACAAAGUGCAAUAGACAAUGCAGCUAUAAAACAGCUGUUUUGAAAGGGAAAGAAUUAGAGACUGACUAUGAGAUGCUGGAAAUAUAAUUUCAAAAUAACACUGGUGGUUUACAUAGUCUUACAUGAUCCAUAACUCUGGCCACAUGAAUAAGAGAUUGCCAAAAGUGGCACAGUUUGCUUUACAAAUGUAAGAUCUUAUGUGCACGGGUAAUAUACAUAUUUGUAUAGAGUAAUAAUAUUUAGCAUUUUGUUUAAAAAGACAAAUUUGUGUUAGAGAUAUUGUGAAUCAAAAUAAUGUGUCAUAAAUCUCCAUCCUCAGCCUUUAGAACCUUUCUUUGUGUGUGUGAAUAUGAAGAUCUUUAUUAGGAUACACAAAGCCGUUGUUUAGGAACAUCUAAAAAUAAAGCCCACUGGGAUCAUUACAA